GGUGGUUUAAGUCAAAUGUAAAAUCCCUCACAGAAAUUCAAUAUAAACUAUUCCCUUGGCACCCAGGAAGCUCCAGAACAAGAGAUAGCAGACUCAUCACACUUUCACUUUAUAAAUACAGGUUUGUCGGUGUGGAACACAGAAACCAAACCUGCCAGCAAGACAUGAAGAAGCCGACAGGAAAUUCUCUAAGUGAAUGCUUCCUGGGCACUGGGAGUCCUGACUGCCCGACAGGUACUCGAGAGAGACCAAAAUGGCCAGAGGCAAUCAGACCACAGUGACAGAAUUUGUCCUCAUGGGAUUCACAGACCGUCCUGAGCUUCAGCUUCCACUCUUUGUGCUAUUUCUCUUAAUUUAUCUCAUCACCCUCGUGGGAAAUCUUGGCAUAAUCCUGCUCAUCAAGAUGGAUCCCAGGCUCCACACGCCCAUGUACUAUUUCCUCAGCCAUCUGGCAUUCAUUGAUCUUUGUUACUCAUCUUCCAUUGGUCCCAAGAUGCUGCAAAAUUUAUUGGUGAAGAAAAAAACCAUCUCCUUUUUGGGCUGCUUUGCCCAGCUGUACUUCUCCAGUGCUUUUGCCACGACCGAAUGCUUCAUCUUGGCCACAAUGGCCUAUGACCGCUACAUGGCUAUCUGCAAUCCCCUGAUUUACACAGCAAUUAUGACUCAGUGGGUCUGCAAGGAAUUGAUGAUAGGGGUCUAUACCUAUGGCUUCCUACACUCCAUGAUACAGACAGUUCUGACUUUCCAGUUGUCUUUCUGUGACUCCAAUGUCAUCCAUCAUUUCUACUGUGCGGACCCCCCUCUCCUUGCCCUCUCCUGCUCCGAUACCCACAACAAAGAAAAGCAGCUCUUGAUCUUCUCAGCAGUGAACCUCAUUGGGUCCCUCCUGACUGUCCUCAUCUCCUACAUUUGCAUCCUCUCUUCCAUCAUAAAAAUCCAGUCCUCCAAAGGCAAAUGCAAAGCAUUUUCUACCUGUGCCUCACACCUCACGGUGGUCAUCAUCUUCUACGGGACGUUGUUUUUCAUGUACCUGCAGCAGCCUAGAGCAAGGAACUCAUGGGAGGACAACAAAGUGGUCUCUGUGUUUUACAGUCUUGUAAUUCCCAUGCUCAACCCCCUAAUCUAUAGCCUGAGGAACACGGAAGUAAAGGACACCCUGAAAAAGAUGAUAGAGGGCAAAGAGUCAUAGUGAGUGAGUUAGUGAGUGAGAAUGUGGUAUUGGGAAAGUAUGAUAGACUAACAGGCUAUGACCAAUCUGAUUGAUACUUAGCAGGCCAGUUGCUAUCCAAUCAAGAAGCAAACAGUCAAUCCAAUUUGUAUUUUUUUAAUGACUAAAAGUACCAGGUCACUUGCUUGACAUAGCAAGAUUUAAUCCAAUCAAUUAUCAUGAACUAAUCAGGAUUUACAAGCUAGACUCUUAAUAACUGUGUCCUUCAUAUGUUGAAAAUGAAUUGACUCACUACCAGUUAGGUAAUAACAUGAACUCUAAAUUUAAAAAGAUUUGGAAAAGCAGCUUUCUAGGUAAAAGUAUAAAUAAAUGAAGUUGGGUUCAAAACCCAAACAUGAACACCUCUGUUGUUAGAAACAUUUUCCAGCUUAAAACAGAAAAUAUAGUAGUAAAUAAUUUCUUGGUCUUAAAAACAUAUUUCUGUAUAAUGUAUUGCAAUAGAUGCUGGUUAAGCUUCAUAAAAAGUUUAUUAUUACGUGUAGUUGAAAUGCUGCCUGCUUAAAAUGGACAAUAGAAAAAAAUAGUAUUACCGCAAUAAAAAGGGAGGAAAGCAUUUUACUAUGAAUCAGUUAAAUUUGGAGGUUCUUUUAUUGUUUAUUUAGAAAAGAAAGUUUAAUUGGAAGAGAUAAAGAGGAUUUAGUGUACUUCCAGAGAUGUUGAACGUAGUCCAACUGCCAGGGUUUAGUGUUUCUAGUCUCUGGAGGUGCAGCUGCGAUGAUUUUUAGGGGGAGGGGGAGAGAGGAAGGACAUCAUACGUGAACUUAGAAAGGGGAAGAGCUGAGAGCUUCCUAGGAAAGCAGGCAGAGUGUGCAUGCCUCUGAGAAAUGAAAUUAUUUCCUUAAUGUGGAUGACUUAGAGAAGUACUUUCAUUUUGUAACAUUUUCCAUGUACUUUAUUUCUGUUUUCUCAGCUCUGAUAUGAUAACUUUUUUGGAGAUAUAUCCAUAUAUAUAUUAUUUCUGUUAGUGGGGAUAGGGGAAAGAAAAAUCUCUUAAUUUUUUAUUCAGGCAAGAAUAUAAGCACUCUAUGAUUUUUCUAAGUCUCAAUUCUAAUACUUUUUUAAAAAAUAGUUCUUAAGACACACACAACGCUAUAAGCCAUUAGAAUUUUCCUUAAACCGUUUCCAAGUGUGAUUACUAUUUUCACUUAUUUUUUUAAUGGCUAACAACAUAUAUCACUAAUCAACUACAAAUAAGUUCAAAAUUAAUCAAGAAACUAAAGGGUUCCUUUUCCCCCAGAUUAAACCUUCAAAUAAUUGAUGGGAUCUUUAUUUUACUGCUGCUUAUGAUCUAGUAAUUUAGAAAAAUAUAAAAGGUUAAAUAUUUAUAAUUUCUCUUAUUUAGCUCAGAAACCUUUCUGUAGAAUUUAGUUACAAAAAUUGUAUUCCUAAACUCUUGGGGAUUGGGUGUGGGCUUGGUUGAAGCGAAAAAUAUUGCUGAGUGAGGAAAUGUCUGAAGCAAGCCCAGGAGGUAGGAGAGCUUGCAUAGGUAAGAGCAACAACAGAGCAAGCAAAGUGGGGAAGAUAUUGCUGAUGAAUAAUGUGAGACAGAUUGUUAGAUCCCAAGCUCAUUGAGACUUACCUAGCAGGUUACUACUCUGCACCCCAGGACCUACCACAGCUCCUGGCAGAGACAGACACAUCAUAACUGUUUGCCUAAAUUAAUUGAACUCUCCUAUUUUCAUUCCUAAUUCUAAUGGAUAGGUGGGCAAGGUGCCCAAUAAUGGCCUGUGGUUGGGAAAUAUCGGAGAGAAGAAAGUAACAGGGUUACUUUCAGGAAGACUAUUUCCAGUAGUGCCCCCCCCCCUCCUUCCCCCGCCAACCUGCCAACGAGAUUAACAUAUGUAAGGCAGGAAGACAAUUGA